AUGGGGCUGAAGUUGAUAGAAAAUAAUAUUGGGUUCACAUGGCCAUUCCUUGCUGAAGAUGAUUUGCAAGUAAUUGAAAUUGAUACCAACAUAAUGGUAUUCAAGUUCAAAGAUUUGGAUACUCUUAAAAAGAUCUUUGUAACAAGACCAUGGAGUAUAACUGGGUAUCUUGUAAUGCUGCAUCACUACAAUCCAACUAUCCCAUAUCAAGAACUGGAUUGGACUAACCAAGCCUUCUGGAUCCAACUAAGGCAUCUGCUGCUAGAACACUUAAAGGUGGAUACUGUAAGGAAAAUUGGGGCUCUUAUGGGAGAAGUUAUUGUUGUUGAUCCUGAAGAUGUAAUUCCAAAAGCUGGAGAUCCUGUGAAAGUGUGUGUUAUGCUUGAUGUUAACAAACCAUUAAGAAGGGGAGUCUUGGUUAUGACUGAAGCAGGUUGCACAAGAUGGAUUAGAUUCUUCUAUGAAAAACAACCUAACAAGGUUUGUAAUGACUGCUUUAUCCUCAACCAUAAGAAGGGUGUAUGCAAAGCUGCUGCUGAAUAUCUGGAUGCCCUGCAUAAAAAAGCCCACUACUUUGGCACUAAAAAAAUUCAAGGAAAAUGGCAGCUGACUGAACCAAGAGCUACGAUUCAGAUUCCUAAAAGAAUCCAGAGGAAUAGUAUCAAGAAGACUCCUUUUGUUCCACCACAAGAUGGUAUAAAGAUCAAUGUACCAGCAGUUAUGACUAUACUGGAGCUGAAGAUCAGGAAGAGGCAAGACUAG